UCUCCAUUGAUUUCUACCGUGUUUUUCUUUAAAAUGCCAUUAAAAGAUAACUUCUCUCCUGUUGGGUCAACAAAAAUACUGACCUUUUCUAUCAAAGUGUUUUCUUCUCUGGUUUACAGCGACAGUGACAGCGACCAUAAUAACUUAUGGUCCCCCUACCUUAAAGAAUCUUAUUUUCUCUCAUUUACUGUCUAAGGUGCCUGGAAGGGAAAGGUCAGCCACACAAGGAUUGCCAAAAUGAGUGACACCACUACUCUGGCUCCUCCAGCUUCAAGCCAGGGUCCCACCACCCCACGCAAAGGUCCCCCGAAGUUCAAGCAGAGGCAAACUCGCCAGUUCAAAAGCAAACCUCCUAAGAAAGGUGUGAAAGGGUUUGGAGAUGACAUCCCAGGCAUGGAGGGGCUAGGAACAGAUAUCACGGUGAUUUGUCCCUGGGAAGCUUUCAGUCACCUGGAAUUACAUGAGCUGGCUCAGUUUGGGAUUAUCUGA